UGGGGUCAAUCGACGAUCUUCCUGUGGAGCUACUCUCCCGUGUUUUUCACUUUCUCUACCUCGCAAAUCGCACAGAGCCCGUCUACAUCUCAUCCCCCGGCUUAUCUGAGGCCGACGAAGUGAUAACGAUGGAAUGGGCAGACAAAAACCUUCGCAGUCCAUCCCUCUUUCCUUAUGCUCCCGCAAGAACGUGUCGCCUCUGGCAUGAUAUCCUCAAGAUUACUCCGAAGUACUGGGAUCGGGUGGUUUUCGACCUUCGUGAAGAUCCAGCGCGGUGGUUGGACUCGCUGGGUUGGUCGAAGCAACUCCCGCUUCAGGUGGGCGUGUUCAACUCGUCUCAGCACCUAGCCUACCGAAACUUCAAACCCGAAUCACACCGCAAAGAAGCAGAAUUGGAGCUUUCUCGAGUGCAGACGUUGAUGGCGGCCCUAACGCCUCAUCUCAAGAGAUGCACCUCAAUUGCCUUUAAAUUGGUUUAUUCCACCUCUAUCCCACCGCCAUCCGUUUUUCUCCAAUACCAGUCCCUCCUUUGGGAGUUGAUUCUUACUUCAAGAAACAGUUUUCAUCCUUUAUCCCCUCUGUCAUCCAUCGCCCAGCCAUGGAAUGUCGCGUCCAGCUUGCCAAUCCGAGUCCUUCGUUCUUAUAGGCGUUUAAGUCUUCUCUCACUCAACGCUUCGGAACUCGUAUCCCUAGCACUUGUGUUCCGAGAACAAUUGGACAAUCUUCGAAUGCCAACGACCAAACUUAUAGUCUCUAAUCACACAUUCCGACGCAACCAGUACAACUCCGACCACGAUACAUUCACACCAGAUGAAUUUUUCAAGUACAUCAGACAUAUGUGGCCUCCUUCCGUCUCAUUCCGCAAUAUUCUUAUCGAAACUCCUGCCCGACUUUCAGGAGAGCCCUCCGAUGACUGCGAGGCCUUCAAGGAGAGCAAUUUUGCCUUUGAAAACGUGUCCAAAACCCUCAUCUCCACAUGCUUCCAGCACCUUCUUCCUCGAUUUUUACCACCAAUAACCAAAUUCAAGUUCUGCGACAUCCCGCCUUGUGUUGGCGGCCUCCGCUCCCCGCAGCUUAUCCUGGAAAAUAUCCCGUCCACAACAAACCUUCGCGAUAUUCUUGGCGAAUGGACUGGAACUGACCUCAUUGUUAGAUCUUCGCCGUGCUUUGACGACGCGUUCCUGUCCUGGCUCGCCCGCGAUCGACGCCGCGCUCGAUUUUUGGAAUCCCUCGAGAUUGAAAACUGCGACUCGUUUACAAUCAAGGGGUUGCAGAAGCUGGUCCGACAGGGAGCGCAGCCAGUGAGCUCAAACUCGUCAUGCAUCGAUACACUGUCUGUGCGGGGAGAUCACUAUUCUCUUACAGCUGAGGAGUUCCGCUGGUUCGAGGACAUUGUAGAAGAUGUCUUGUUUACUACAUCUGACGGCACUCUUUAUCAGCCCGUGUAGC